UGCCAUUCGUGAUCCCCGGUCGGGUAUUUUAGGUGCCCGGUUGGGGAUUUUUGAAACGAACCGUGUUGGCAGAGGAUUAAUCCCCGAUCGAGGUUAAGAAUACCCGAUCGGGAUUUAAGCAUUCUGGCCGGGACCCCUCCUGGGAUUUCAUCUUUUCCCCGGCCUCUCCUUGCCUUUUACCCGGCCGGGUAUUUUGCUCCUCCAGCUCCCUUUUACUCCAACGGUCUCCCUUUGACCCGAAACUCGAUUCCUCGCCUCCACGUCAACGCCAAAUCCUGAAAUGUGACAUAAACACACAACCUAGUGUGAAAUCGGCUUAAACCACGAGAAUCAAUAUCUCAAACGACUCAAGAAUGGAGGUAAAAAUAUGUGCAAUUAACGGUCUAUCAAGUUCUACAUCAGCAUUUGGGAGAAUAGAGCGACUUGGGUGGUCCAAGGGAUGCCGGUGACGGUACAUGCAGUGGUAUCGAAAGUUCACGCUUAGAUGAGUGUCAAAGCAAGGUGUUGUGAUGGGUGCUUUGGUAAGUGAUCCCAAGUCUCUCUCUCUUUGUCUUAUUCUUUUGUGCUUAGAUUACAUCAUAAAAUUUAUUACAUACUUAGCUUUAUUUCAUUUUUUUAUUACUUCAAUUAAUUAGGUUGACGGUUUGGAACAUGCCAAACACACCGUUGAGAGUGCACCCACCAUCGAUGAGUAGAAGACAUAUUUUCUGUGAAGGAUUUUCAACAAUAUGUUGAGUUGUACCCGAGAGCAAAGGAGGGAUGUCAUAGUAUACCCUCCACUACCUACUCUGGCCUGCCCGUCCUUCCGUGAUGGUGAGCACAUUGUGCCCCAAUUUGAGCCCCCAUGGAGGAGAAAACAAAAUCCUCAGCCAAACAUUGAAGAGCUUCGUCUGACUCAACAAACAGAACUUCCUGAACCAUUUGCAUAUGAGUGGACAACUGCAACGGAGGGCAUUGUAGGUUCGUUGAGAUAUAGCCCGUCUCCGGAAUGGGACAUACAUGUUUCCCCACAAUUCCACCAUCAACACCAGAUUCCUAUGUAUCAGCCCCACAACAACAGCCUCAUGCAUCGAGCUACAACCACUCUACUGGUCCAUCUCAACCACCUCUACCUCCACCACCUAUGGUUACUCCGGUGGCGGCUCAGAUUAAAAGGAAUCCGCGAGCGGUUCUGCAAGAAGAAGGAGGCGGACAGGGAGGAAGAAGGGGUCGAGGACGCCGUGGAGGCAGAGGAAGAAGGCGAGAAGGGGGGGGGUCAAAAUGAAGGAGACCAGUGAACUAUCCAUGUUAUCUUUGCUUAGUUAUGUCAUGUUUUUUCCAUUGAACUAUCCAUGUUGUCUUUAUGUAGUUCGAUCUUGUUUUUUCCAUUGAACUAUCCAUGUUGUCUUUAUGUAGUUUGAUCUUGUGUUUUCAUUGAACUAUCCAUUUUUAUGUUUUAGUUUACUAUCCAUGUUCUAUGUUUUAGUUUACUAUUCAUGUUGUCUCAAGAUAGAUCACAAUAAGAAGAGUGCCUCUGUACUUCCCAGUAAUGAAAGUUCUAUCUACAUGCUGAAAAACUUGUUAAUUAGUACAAAUAUUAUAUAGUAAAAAAAUGAACUAGUAGAGCAUUAAUUAGUCCGCAAUAUACUUAGAUCACUGGA